AUGCACAGAUGCUUCGAUGGAGUUAGGGCAUCGAACGGAGACCCUCCAUCAGACAACGUGCCCUCCGCCGUUGGCCUGCGUCCGCACGUUUUCAUCUCUGUGCAGCCGCGCAAGCGGCACAAGGGGGUUUUAGUGGGUAUGGAUGCACUCUCCAGCAUCGAGUCCCACAUCACCGCGGUGCCGGACACUGUGGUAUGCGAAAGCGCAUUUCCUCCUCGUUCUGUGGGCGCACGAACAACGUCGGUUGUCGUAAAACGCACACUGACCAAAAAAAAUCAGCGUAUUUUCGAUGUUGGGCAAGUCUCCAUUGGCGGUGAGAAUUCCGCCUACAGCUCCGUCCUGUACAAGGAUGAUAAGCUGUAUUGUUUACACGAGAUCAACACUGACGAGGUGUACAGCCUGGUCUUUGCACGCUUAAUUGGGGAACUGCGUCUCAUCAAGUCCGUGGUGCGGGCCUGGAAGGAGGAGGACACCCACCUCUCCAGCAUCUGCACCCCUGCUGAUCCUGCCGCUUCACCGUCAAAGGGUGGUUGCGGGGCCGCUGUCCCCACCGCCGGCCUUGUUGGAUUCCUGUCUCACCUUGCCACUGAAAGCGUCUGGGAGGACGUGUACCUCUGCGUAAACGCAAACGUAACAAAUGCGGAGAGGGUUCCCAACGGGUUGAGGUUCAAGGGAGUCGGUGGAGGGGCGCUUUGGCCGGUGAGCCGGCAGGGGCAGAACCGACGGUACCAGUUUGCAAACUACCGGUUCACGCUGGUGGCGACGGUAACAAUUGACGAGCUUCCCGAGGAUGCGAGUCCUGUGCUGGGCGCGAGCCUGGGCGGUUCCGGCGACACCGAACUCCUGGGGCUGUCGUACGACAAUAAUCUUCAGUGGCGGCCAAUAUACAAGGACGCGCCGGUGUCGCCGACAGGA